CAACCAUUUGACACACAAGUCGCAGCAUGGCUCUCCUGGCGACGCUUCUAGCGAUGUGCGGGCUUCUGGGCUUCACGUGGUGGUUAUUGACCCACUACAAAGACGCCAAAGUGCCCACAGUGGUUCAUGCUGCCGUGUUCUCAACUUGGGUGUUGGGGUUCCUGGGUCUGAUCUUGCUGCCAAUGGAUCUGGCCACCAAUGGUCUAGUCGCGAGUUCUCAAUCAGCCGGCAAUGUAGCAGAAGAGAAAGCUAGUUUUAGAGAGUAUCUAGCCGUCUGGAGACUGCUGUACUGGGCCACGUUCCUCAUGAGCUGGGUAGGACUUCCAUUCUUGGUGGAAUUCCGUCAAAACGGCGAGUUUGAGCUCGACAAGCGGAUACUGAGUUCUUUUAGGCACUUGGUCUUCCAUUGGACAGUGUUGGCUGGUGGGUUGUUUAUCGUGGCUCUAUACUUGAUCUUAGUCGACCAUUUAUCGCUGUAUGGAGUCCUGGGACUUGCUAUGGCAGCCAGUAACACGUACGGACUGCUGUGGGUCAUCGCACUAUUGGGGUACGGUCUCGUGGAGAUCCCAAGAGGAUUCUGGAUUCGACGACUGGAUGGAGCACAGCUUCAGAUACUGCACUUUGAAGCCGUACAAUUACAGAAUGAACGGAUGGAGGCGAGGUUUGAGUACGACGAUGUGGUAGCUGAUGUUCACGAUGCCUAUCAGCGCAUGGUGCAGGCCGAGAGCGAUGCAAUCAUCCUUACCAGCGAGAUGCAGUACGUCAAGACUUGUCUCCUACAAGUCGUAGCUGCGAUCGAGAAAAGUAAACCUGCUUUUAGAAGACUUGACACCUCUAACGAUACCAAACGAGGCUCAAAAUCAGUCUCAUUCUCUGACAGCAAAAUGAAGCGCGGAGUCAGUAACAUCGGUCGAGCAUCUCGUAAGGCUCCAACUCUUACAGAAACGAUUGAGCUGCAUCGUCGUGUGCGUAUCGCACAACUGGAACUACGUCGAUGUGAUCAAGCCUUCUUGGAGCUCUGUAUCAACGUCGAUAUAUUGCAGGAUCGCAGUGCACAGCGUGCAUUACCCGCAGGUAGCUUAUACCCGGAGACGUCAGCACUUAACCGUCUGCACAACAUUUUCCUGAACAUGCGACACCAACUUCGUCAGUGGGUCACGUCUCCUGUAGCAAUUGUAUGUGCUGUGGUUACGGGGUUUCUAUCUCUUUGUGUGGUUUGGGGCGAGCUUACAAUGGGAUGGCGUAGAUCAUCGCUAUCUCUAUUCCGCUUCAUGAUCGCUGUUGAGGCUAUGGAGACCAGCAGCAGUCUACGCAGUGCGACGGAGCUCAUAUCGGCGUUGGUGCUCGUGUAUUUGGCCCUUUGUUGCUACAGGAGCCUCUUCACCCUUCGAUUGCCUGGUAAAUACGUGCUACGUGCACACGGCAACUCGACUGAGCUCUGUCUCCUAAAGACUUCGAUUUAUCAGUGUCGUCUGCAGUUUGCGUUGGGACAGAACGCUUUGCUCCUACUCCGUGGUGGAGGGCUGGCAGAGGGGACUGCUUUUAAUGCCCUUUUGGCGAACACUCGUGUCGUUCAUGUCUUUGGAAGAGGCUUCGCUGUAUACGCACCACUCGCGAUGAUCGCGUUGGCAGUGUUUACACUAACCAACGGAUACGCUCGAGUCAUGCGUCGUCUUGGAAUUGAGCAAUACGAGCAGAUAAUUCCUGGUGAUUCGACGCAUGCUGCUUCUAUUGCUGAAGGUGAAAGAUUGGUGCAACAAGGACUGGAACGAUUCCGCGUGCUCAUAUCCCGUAAGAAGAAAAUUUACGAGACGGGAGCUGCCGGUGGUGGGUCUUAUGGUUUUGCCUCUGCUGCUGCUGGGACCCAAUCUCUACUGAUUGAUGAUGAGGAAGAUGUUGCUCACUCAAGCACCAGUGAAGGUAUUGUAUAAAGGAUAAACUUCCAGUGUCGGCAAGAUAUCAAGUUAAAUGAAACCAGACAAUUAGAUGUUAGUUUCUUCCGUUUUAAUGCAGCAUCUUAAUCCUGUAGAUAUUCGUUGUUUGGCUUGUCGAGCUCCAC